AUGAGACAGAAUGAAACACGGGGAGAACAAUCUAGUAACAGAACAACUUCAUCAAUGAACGAGACCGCUGUAGUGGCUAAUUUUUCCAGAGGAGAUUUGAAAAUUUAUAAUGUGUUAUUAGCUACUGCUGUUGUUAAAGCUAGUUCUAAGAACGGUUCUUACAUUAUUAGAGCGUUGCUAGACCAAGGCUCUCAAGCCUCAUUUGUAAGUGAGGAAACUGUACAAUUACUAGGUCUUAAGCGUACUAUUGUAAAUGGUAAGGUGUCUGGUUUGGGAGACGGUCAACUGAGUGUCAAAUAUGCUGUUGCUAUGGAGAUAAAAUCACAUCACGAACCUGAAAAUAAUAUAACUAUUAAUGCUUAUGUUUUAAAAUCACUUACUUCUUUAUUACCGUCGCGCGAAGUAGUUGUCCCUGAUUGGCUGGAGCUGAAAAACUUACCUCUUGCUGAUCCUAGAUUUGCAUUGCCCGGAAAGGUUGAUGUUUUACUUGGAGCAGAUGUUUACGGAGAAAUAUUGCUGAGUGGUGUAAAGAAGAGUCCUCAUGGAAACUUAAUAGCACAAAACACAUUAUUUGGUUGGAUUUUGUCUGGAAGGGUAGCACAACGUCAAAACACUGGAAAGGUUAUAACAUUACAUGCACAAGUGAACGAGGACGAGUUACUGAAAAAAUUCUGGGAAAUAGAGAACGAGCCUAAUACUAUUGAGAGAAAAUUAACUAGAGAAGAGCAACUAUGUGAAGAGAAAUAUGAAGAAACAACAAGAAGGCGAGAAGAUGGAAGAUUUAUUGUGAGACUACCAUUCAAAAAUAUGGAUCCCCAAUGUCAGUAUGGGUACUCAUGUGACAUUGCAAUGAGAAAACUGCAUACUUUAGAGAGAAGACUAUACAAGAAUCCCACAUUAGCUAUUGAAUACAACAAAGUGUUAGAAGAAUAUACAUCGUUAAACCAUAUGAGAGAAGUCACUGAAGAAGAGAAAGAUAAGAUUACAUCUGUUUAUCUGCCUCAUCAUGCCGUGGUCAGAGAAGACAAAGAGACAACCAAAGUAAGAGUCGUAUUCAAUGCAUCGAGCAAAGGGACUAAUAACGUGUCACUGAAUGACGACCUACUAGUGGGUCCUAAAAUCCAACAAGAUUUGCGUCAUCUGCUACUACGGUGGCGUCAACAUCCCAUAGGCAUUGUUGCUGAUCUGGUGAAGAUGUAUCGGCAAGUACUUGUUCAUGAGGAAGAUACAGACUUUCAGAGAAUUAUGUGGAGAGCUAAUUCAAAAUUACCAAUUAAACACUACAAACUGCUAACAUUAACUUUUGGUACUGCUUGUGCACCCUACCUUGCAGUAAAAACUCUGCAAAAGUUAGCAGAACUAGAAAAGGAUUCAUAUCCACUAGCAGCAGAAAUAACGAAGAGAGAUUACUACGUAGAUGAUUUAAUGACGGGAUGUGAAACAGAGGAAGAAGCUUUACAAAUUUACAACGAGAUGAGUAAACUAAUGAAAUCUGGCGGUUUCCAGCUUCAAAAAUGGAGCAGCAAUUGUAAAGAGUUUUUGAACUAUAUAGAAAAGGAAGAGUUAAAUACUGAACAAUCUUUAACAAUUAAAGUUGACAAUAUGAUGAAAGUCUUGGGCAUACGUUGGAACAGACUAACAGAUAAUUUUGAAUAUGUGGUGAAUCUUGAAGAAACUCAUCACCCCUUCACUAAGCGGAAUGUUCUAUCUGAUGUUGCCAGACUAUAUGACCCAAUUGGAUGGAUAGCUCCAGUAGUCAUUAUUGCAAAAGUAUUCAUACAAAAGUUAUGGAAGGCGGGUUUGGAUUGGGAUCAUGAGUUGCCUAAUGACUUAAUGACAGAAUGGAUAAAUUAUAGACAUGAGCUAAAUUAUAUAAAAGAUAUUAUAAUACCACGAUGA